ACUUGUGAUACUCUGCAGAAACUGUGCAGCCUGCAUUUGGCAUCUCCAACAUCUCAGGAAGAACACGAUGGACGGUAGAAAAGUGGAAGGCAGUAGUUGGUCCCAUUUGCAUCCAUAAGGGUGAACCAUGUCAUCCUUCCCUGGGGUGAAGGUACGGGGGAACGUGGACACGGUGUACGUGUCGGUGGAGGCGGUCAUCGCCCUGGCAUCGGUGGUGGGCAACGUGCUGGUGGUGCUGGUGGUGUGCGUGAACCCGGCCCUGCGGAACACCACUUUCUGUUUCAUCGUGUCCCUGGCGGCGGCUGACAUCGCUGUGGGCGUGCUGGUGAUCCCGCUGGCCGUCACCAUCAGCCUGGGUAUCAGUACGCAGUUCUACACGUGCCUCUUCCUGUCCUGCCUGCUGGUGAUCAUCACUCAGGGUUCGAUCUUGUCGCUGCUCGCCAUCGCUGUCGACCGCUACUUGAGGGUCAAAAUACCAACCAGGUACAGCAGCAUUGUGACGCAGCGGUGUGCGUAUGUGGCUGUCUGCCUGUGCUGGCUGGUCUCCUUCCUCGCUGGCCUGGUGCCCAUGGUGGGCUGGAACAACCGCCAGGUCUUGGGCAACCUGAGCGGAUCCGACUACAUGGUGUGCGAGUUCACCGCCGUCAUGAGGAUGGACUACAUGGUCUACUUCAACUUCUUCGGCUGGGUGGUGGUGCCCCUGGGCGUCAUGAUCGCACUCUACGCCGAGAUCUUCCGCGUCAUCCGCCGGCAGCUGAACCGGCGGGCCGAGGCCACGUCGGACGGCGAGCGCUACUACCGCAAGGAGCUGAAGCUGGCCAAGUCCCUGGCUUUGGUGGUGUUGCUCUUUGCAGUGUGCUGGCUGCCUCUUCACAUCAUCAAUUGCCUGGACUUCUUCCACCCGGGCCGCGCCACGCCUAAGAUGCUGGUGUAUGCGGGUAUCUUCAUGUCGCACGUCAACUCGGCGCUCAACCCAAUGGUGUACGCCUUCCGGAUCAAGCGCUUCCGCGUUACGCUGCUGGAGGUGGUGCGGGGCUGCGUGGCAUGCUGUGGUGGCGCGAGGGCGAGCCCGUAUCCCAACAGCGUGCCGCCGCUCGCCGAGAAAGUGGAUGCGGCCUUGCCGCAAGGUCUGCAGCGUGUCGAUGACGCUAAGUGAAGCGUUCGUAGCUUUCAAUGCGGACCUUCUAAGGGACACAUUAGAGCAGCGGGUUCUCAAAAUGGGGAUCCAGAAAUUCUAGGCUGGGCGAUGAGCCGAAGUUUGGAUUGGAUGGACAACGCCUUAGAAUGCAAUUUUUAGUCUGCAAAAACUAAUUAAAUUCAAAACUGCUUUCAUUUUGGAUUUGUCAGGUUUUAUUUCCUAUAUGUCUUAUUUAUUUAGAUUGUUUCUGCUAAUUUCAGUGCUUAAGAAAUGCAGUCUACAGGUGCAAGCCAAUGUGUUCACUAAGUGUUUUUCAUAUUAAGUCAUAGCUCAUUUGCCUUUAUUUUAGAAAAAGACCAAAUGGCCUGGCUACAUUUCUUGAUUUGAAACUGAAUUCCUAAUGAAAUUCCCUUACAUUUAUUUCAAAACCCAAUGUCCUUUUUUUGAGGCUUUAUUGGAAACCAUAAAGUAUGUUUUGGACAGCACUCUUGCCAACCAUUUCCAUACGAUUGAGUCAAUUUGUUUCUCCAAACAUUCCCCUCCCUCACAAUGACGCAGCUGCUUAUAGUCUCACCAUCUGCCAGCUUCAGCCUUGAUGAGGGAUUUCAAAAGUGCUGAGUGUGUUCUAAUCCACAAGCCUUCAUCUUAGCAAAGCCAGGUGUGUGAGGACAUUUCUUACUUCUGCAACGCACCUCUCACACAACAGAGGCCAAAAAUCUUCUCUUUCUCACAUCUUCCAGGGUUAUUUUAAUCAGACAAAUAUGGUUCCUCAUUCAAGGGCUGCGCCAUGGCAGAUCCGCACGCAGCCGGGGGAGGCCAAGACGCGGAGGCUCCCCAGUCUGACGUGGAUGAAGCUGAUGCGGCCUUGUUACACUUUAGCAAAUACAACGAAGUUCGGCAAGCGCGUCCGUGGCAGCAGUGGAGCUCCAGAGAGAAGGCCAACUACUACAUCGACCGCUUCUUCGUUGGCUUCCUGAUGGUCUUUCUGCUCGUGCUGCUGGGCGAGUGUGCGUACAAAAUGUGGUACGUGACCAACGUGAGGAAGAUUGCCGAGUUUGCGUCUGACUCCGUAGGCUUCCUCUUUAAUUGGCUCCUUGCCCAGGAGGGACAUGAGGACCUGGCUGAACUCUGAAUUACAGCCAGGUCAUUUUUCAGCAUUGUUUUAAGUGUGAAAGAAAAUAGAUAAACCUGAUAGACAAAAUGUUAUACUAUAUAUUAUUUUAUGUCAGGGAAAUAAACAUGUACGCCACAAACUGA